AUGGACGGCAUCAGCGAUGUUGCAGUUGGAGUGAAGAGAGGAUCAGAUGAGCUGAGUAUGUACAGCAGUCCCAACUCUGGAAUGAGCAGUAUGAGUGGUGAUGGCAGUGAAAGUAAAAAGCUGAGGGUAGAGGAAGCGCUACCAUCUCGUGUGCUUCACAUCAGAAAGUUGCCUAAUGAAGCAUCAGAGACAGAAAUCAUUGCUCUUGGUUUGCCGUUUGGAAAAGUCACCAAUAUCCUUACUCUCAAGGGAAAAAACCAAGCCUUUUUGGAGAUGGGUACAGAGGAUGCUGCCAUCACAAUGGUUAAUUACUACACCACUGUAAAUCCUCAUAUUCGCAAUGUCCCUGUCUUUAUUCAAUAUUCAAAUCACAAGGAGCUCAAAACUGAUGCUGGAAAUCAGCGUACACAGGCCAUGCUACAGGCAGUUUCAGCAGUGCAGUCUGGCGGAUCACCUGCUUCAGAUGUACAAGAAAUACUUGCUACCGCCUCUAGUCCAGUGCUGCGGAUCAUCAUCGACAAUAUGUACUACCCUGUAACACUGGAUGUGCUACAACAGAUUUUUUCCAAGUUUGGCACUGUCAUGAAAAUAAUCACAUUUACAAAAAACAACCAGUUCCAGGCUCUUUUGCAAUUCAGUGAACCUGUCAAUGCACAACAAGCUAAACUGGCACUUGAUGGUCAGAAUAUCUACAAUGCGUGUUGCACACUGCGGAUUGACUUCUCCAAGCUUGUCAACUUAAAUGUCAAGUACAACAAUGAUAAGAGUCGUGAUUACACACGACCAGAGCUGCCAGCUGGUGAUGGUCAACCAACAAUGGACGCCGCUGUAGCGGUAGCUCUUAGCAAAGACAACUCCCUCCUUGGUAAGAUUCCAGCUAUGUCUAUUGUUUAUUUAAUUGUCUUGAAUUUCCCGGCAGGAGCCCUGAACCCUCUUAGCGCAGCAGCAGUAGCUGCUGCUGCUGCAGGAAGGGUGGCGCUAGCUGGACAAACAGCGUCCAGUGGGGUACUCUUGGUCAGCAAUCUGAAUGAAGAGAUGGUUACGCCCCAAAGUCUGUUUACCCUCUUCGGAGUCUACGGUGAUGUCCAGAGGGUGAAAAUUCUUUACAAUAAGAAAGACAGCGCUCUCAUUCAGAUGUCAGACGCCAACCAGGCUCAGUUAGCCAUGAGCCACCUGAAUGGUCAAAAGAUGUAUGGAAAAAUCAUCAGGGCCACGCUUUCCAAACACCAGACGGUAGCGCUCCCACGGGAUGGCCUGGACGACCAGGGCCUGACCAAGGACUACGCCAACUCUCCGCUUCACCGCUUCAAGAAACCUGGGUCCAAGAAUUUCCAAAACAUUUUCCCACCAUCUGCCACUCUCCAUCUCUCCAACAUCCCUCAAGAUGUGACAGAGGAUGACCUGCGGCUGCUCUUUUCAAACGCCGGAGGCACUGUGAAGGCGUUUAAGUUUUUCCAAGAUCGUAAAAUGGCCUUGAUCCAGAUGUCAACGGUGGAAGAGUCUGUCCAAGCCUUAAUUGACCUCCACAACUACAACAUGGGAUGCAAUCAGCACCUGAGAGUUUCCUUCUCCAAGUCCACCAUUUAA